AAACCAUGUCGUACAUGCCAGAAGUCACCUACGAUGACGAGCUGAAGGUGUGGAGUGGCGGCGAAAGAUCAAAUUGCUUUGCAGCGCAUCUCUCCAUUGGGGAGAUCAUCUACAAGGAGCUGGAGAGCAAUCCAAAGCUCAUAGCUCAAAUCUCAGCCACUGAGCACACGCGACUGACCCGUGAGGAGGUGCGUCUCAAUGCCAUGCGUGUGGCCAGCUACAUGCGCGGAUUGGGCCUCAAGCAAACGGAUAUUGUGGGUCUGAUGGCCAGGAACACGACGCACCUGGUGGCCGUGGCAUAUGCCUGUUUGUUCAAUGGCAUGCCCUUUCACUCCUUAAACAUUUCCUACGAACAGGACACCAUAGAGCAACUGUUUAGCAUCACCAAACCGCGUUUGAUCUUCUGCGACGGAGAUGAGUACGAGCGUGUGCGGGCAGCCAGCGAGAAACUCCAGCUGCAGGCCACAAUCAUUACCAUGCGGAAGCAUCCAGUGGGUGGAGAUUCUCUCAGCAUUUUGGAUGUUCUAACCACACCCAUAGAGGCGAACUUUCAGCCGGUGCGACUGCAACAGGGCCCCGAUCAGAUUGUGGCCAUACUCUGCUCCUCGGGCACGACGGGCGUGCCAAAAGCAGUUACCAUAACGAAUAGUCAACGGUUACUCGUGCCACUGCUACGUUUGAGCUCGAAUUCCAUGCAAUAUACACACAGCACUUUGGACUGGAUUUCGGGCUUUAUAGUCCUCCUCCAUGCUGGAGCGUUUAGCACAACAAAUGUCAUUGCGGACAAUGAGUUCGAUCCGGCCUUCAUGUGUCGCAUGAUCGAGCAGUACAAGAUCAAUCUGGUCUUUCAGUGUCCCUCGCACAUGGCCAUGCUGGCCAAUUGUCCGGAAUUCGAGCAGGCAGAUCUGUCCAGCAUUGAGACCUACAUCUUCGGUGGCUCCCGCUGCGCGCUGGAGAUUCAGCAGCGCAUACGCAGCCGCAUCAGGGGCAAUCUGAUCUUCAGCUAUUCCAUCACGGAGCUCAACAGCACGGGCACCGUCAACCUUUAUUUUGAUGCCAAACCCAACUCUGUGGGUCGACCCGUGCCGGGCAACAAGCUGAAGAUUAUCGAUGAACAAGGACAGGCACUGGGCCCCAACAAAGUGGGUGAAGUGUGCCUCUACUCCGGUCAGCAUUGGUCUGGCUACUACGGCAAUCCCGAGGAGACGCGUCUGAUACGCGACGCCCAAAAGUGGUUUCACACUGGAGAUCUGGGCUACGUCGAUCAGGAUGGGUUUCUGUUCAUAGAGGAUCGCAAGAAGGACAUGAUCAAGUACCACAACAUCAUGUACUAUCCCAAUGAGAUUGAGAGUGUCAUCUCACAGAUGCCCGAUGUCGCCGAGGUCUGUGUUUUUGGCAUCUGGGAUGCGGUUAAUGGCGAUGAGGCAGCAGCUGCUGUGGUGAAGCGGCAUGGCAGCAAAUUGGAGGCACAGGAUGUCUUGGACUUUGUUAAUUCACACAUUUCCGCCAAGUAUAAGCAGUUGAAUGCUGGCGUCAUCAUUGUGGAUGACCUGAAGCGCAGCGGCAAUGGCAAAACAAAUCGACGCGCCAACAAGGAUCACUUUAUGAAUGUUCAGAGUAUGAAAAGUGUAAAUUUAAUUAGUUUUAACAACUGA